CUGGAUUUGUCACGGCAAUCGAUGUUCUUAAUCCGCUUAGAAUGGAAGCGGCUGUCCUUCUUUUUUGAGUGCUUUAUGCGGUGUAAAGGGUCGAGAAAUUAUAAAAGCACCAUCAAACCUUUUCGUCAGCUUCAUUCUUGUUUGCGAUCUAGUUCCGAUCGGUACUCAUAGCACAGGUUCUAACCAUGGCGCACCUUCUUUGGCGAUCGGUUUUAGCGAUCCUGUGUUUCCGAUGCAUUUUAGCGCAAUCCUCUUCAGUGGCAAUUGAUAAGCGCUUAGUGUUGUCUUCCGUGUAUGAUGCCAUUCGUGGAAACAGUAUCAUCGAUCCUGCCAACAGCCUCGAAUCCGUUGGGGAGGAUUCACGCAACAAACGAAACGUGCGAUACUACACGUACGACGAUCCGACAAACGAUGAUUUGUUCCCCGGUUAUGGUGAAAUCGUUCAUCCCCCACAAGCAGUAGGACCUGCGGCGAAGCAGUGCAAACCGGAACCACCACCGUCGGUGCAGUCCAUCAGCAUAUCCGACCACAGCUGGACCGGCAUCGGCUCAUCGAUCAUUCACCUGCUCAAGUAUCUGAUCGCCGGGUUGGCCAUACUGACGCUUCCCGUGCUGCUGCUGCAGGCGUUCAUUUUACCGUUGAAGAUUCUGAUGGGAUUAAAAUCGGUUGCCGUAGCGAAUACGCUCGUGCUCGGAACGUUCCUGUGGAAGUAUCUCAAUCGGCACCGGAUACGGGACGAUGAGGAUGAUGAUGACGAUGACGGUGAUGAUGGAGUGCAGCCGAGUGCAGGUGCCAGUACACCCGAUGCCAGUGGGAAUGGUAUGCUUAACGGGAACGACCAUCGGUUCUUUCCCUUCCGGGCGGAAGAUUUCGAAAACAUGACGGAAGAGGAGAUUAAGACGGCGCUGAAACUGUUGCUAAAACGAAAUAAACGCUGGUGAUGAUGAGUGGCGGUAAUUGGCUGUUGAUAUCGAUGUAACUUUACUCACCUGGACAUCAUCGGAAGAGAAUUCUGUAAGCAAUUUAGAUUCAGCGGUUCUGGACCUGUUGCGGUCAUCUGAUUAAGGCACUGAAGCUGAGGCUGUCGUGGUCUUGACUCGUUCAUAUUAUCAUCCAGGAGCUACUGCUAGUCUUAUACCGGUCUUAGGAACGGAUGUUGUACUUUUCCCGGCAAUCGUAUUGAUCCAAAGCCGAUCUAGGGGCAAGUCUUGGAAAGAAGUGAUUCUUCUUGAAUUCGUGUAGAGCUGAGAUUUUCUUCAUUGAACAUUUGGAACAGAAAAUUAGAACAUGGAAUUAGCUAUACCUGUAAAAAGUACAAGCUAAUAUAAGUUCAAAACAGCAGAAAAUUCAACAAAAACGUCUCUAAACACAUAAAAAAUAAACUAAA